AUGAGCAAGAUCAAGAGACCUAAAGUGAAGCACAGUUUAGAUUCUCCUUACAAGCUUCAGUGGCCUUCUGUUGGAGAGAAAUGUGCUCAGAAAACAAUUCAACUUCUGAUGGAUGUUGCAUCAAAUAAGAAGAAAUUUCACAAGGCCUCAAUUGAUGCCGUUCCAUUAACCGACAAUCCCUGCCUUAAGAAACAGCUCAUCAUUGGAGUUAAUGCUUUUACUAGGUGUCUUGAAAGGGGGCAUAUGAGAUGUGGUGUAGUGUGUCUAUCAGCUAAACCAGCUCUAUUGACAGGGCACAUACUGAUGCUAGCUGCUACCAGGAAUUGCCCUCUAAUGGGACUAUAUGAUCUUAGUUCAAAAUUAGCUCCAACACUAGGUAUUAAGAGUGUACUAGCACUGGGUUUUAAAAAAUUAGAGAAAGAUGAAGAGGAUCCAUUUUAUGAUAUUGUUAGUCAUCUCACCAUCAACUGUGCACCAUUAAUUGAUGUACCCUGGCUACUAAAACCAAAAGAAGUUGUGUCUGGUAAUGAUGGUAUUACGUCACUCAGCAAAGAACCUGCUCAGAAGAAAAUGAAGUUUGAUGAAAAAGAAGAAAUUGAAGAUCAAGAUGGAGAGGAAACAAAGCAAGAUGAAGAUAAGAGCAACAAAAAGCUUACUGAUAAUUUAUACACUCCACUUAUGGACAAUGCCAAAUGCUGA